AGUUGUGAACUCGGUGUUUUUCCCUUUUACAGUCAUGAUUCAAAGAGAUAAAAUAAUUGUUGCGGCUAUUUUGCUUGCACUUAUUAUUAACAUGGCGGGCAACUUUUUCAUCCGAAAAUAUAGUGUUCAGAUGAUUCAGAUUCAGACUGAGACGAAGAAGACCACUAACGUGGCAUCAAUUGAAUUAAGUAAUCUUCAAGACCUGCCUUUUGAUGACGAGAGAUUGCUCUACUAUACCAAGGGACUAAUCAUUCCACCGAACGAUCGCAGUGUACCAUACGUUUUGAAUAAAACGAAAAAAUAUGACAAUUCGUGGGACAAAAUCGUUCCCAACGUACUCCGGUUGCUCAAAAACAGGAGAAAUGGUUUUUUCGUGGAGUGCGGCGCCCUGGAUGGAGAGGGUUUGAGUAACACCCUGACCCUGGAAAGGUUUUUCAACUGGACAGGGCUAUUGGUGGAAGCAUCUCCAAAAGAACUCAAGUUGCUCAACUCAAAAAACAGGAAAGCUUGGGUUGCUCCAACUUGCAUGAGUCUCAGUAAAACGCCACAAAUGAUCACUUUCCACGAAAAUUGGGUUUUAGGAAAAGUGGUCGGAAAGAUAGAAACUGCUGUAAAAAACGAAACCAACGGAACAUACGUGGAUUUGCUUUGCCUGCCGUUUAACACGCUCAUGACCAGUCUGAAUAGGACCAAGAUCGACUUUUUCAGUUUAGAUGUCGAGGGACUCGAGUUUGAGAUUCUGCAAACCAUCGACUUCCAAAGAUACGAAUUUGACAUAAUACUGGUUGAACAUAAUCAUACUGGAAAGAAUCACGAUUUUAUCGUACCAUUUAUGGACCGCAAUGGCUACAAAUUGAACUUAACAACCCCCAUGGACUAUUAUUUUUUGAAUAAGAAUCUUGAAUUUUAGCCAGUUGGCCUGGUUAUGCGGCUUUCAGACAGCCCUAUUUUGAAUUUGCGCUCCAUUUGAUUUUUUACAUCAAGAAUGAAAUAUUUGACUGAAAAAUUAAUGAAACUUAACCCCAACUAAUAUUAUAAUUUUUAUUAAAUAAUUUGAAAUCACGUCCGGAAAAUUAUAUUCACGAAAAUAAUCUAAAAAUUGUUGAAUUUCGACAGUCAGAAGUGAGUU